AUGGUGCCGGAACCGCCCCUGGACUAUGAUGUGAUUAUUAUCGGAGCCGGACUUUCCGGUAUUUACUCGCUCAUAAAAAUGCGAGAACUUGGAUUACGCGUCAAGGUUAUUGAAGCUGGUAGUCAAGUCGGAGGCACGUGGUAUUGGAAUCGCUAUCCCGGUGCUCGGUUUGAUUCCGAAAGUGUUUCUUAUGGCUUUUCCUUCUCGAAAGAGAUCUUAGAUGAGUGGAAGUGGGAUGAGAGUUUCUCCCCGCAGCCGGACACCGAGAGGUAUUGCAACUUCGUUUGUGACAAGUUCAAUCUUCGCACUGAUAUGCAAUUCGACACUCGAAUUCAAACGGCUCAAUAUCAUGCAAGAAGUCGGUCCUGGCAAUUAACAAGCGAGAGUGGAGAGACCUUCACCUCAAGGUUUCUCAUCACGGCCUUGGGACCAUUGACAUCAGCUACUCUGCCAAAUGUACCAGGCGUACAUGAUUUUAAAGGACAGUCUUUUCACACUUCUCGGUGGCCCGCGGGUGGCGUGGACCUUUCAAACAAGAGGGUGGCGGUCAUUGGAACUGGAGCCACAGGAAUACAAACCAUCCAAACAAUUGCGAAGGAUGUUGGCCAUUUGACCGUCUUUCAGAGGCAGCCGAACUGGUCAAAACCUCUACACAACACAAAGAUAUCCGACGAAGAAAUGGCAAAGAUUCGACUCCGCUACCCAGAAAUUUUCCAGCGCUGUAAGGAAACCUCUAAUGCCUUUAUACACAGCGAAGAUCCUCGAAACACAUUUGACGUCAGCCAAGAGGAACGAGAGGCUCUCUGGGAGACCUUGUAUGCAACGCCGGGAUUUGGUAUCAUCUUGUCAAACUUCAAAGAUAUACACACGAACAAGGCAGCAAAUGACCUCGUUAGCGAAUUUGUCGCGAACAAAAUCCGCUCACGUGUCAAUGACCCAAUCGUUGCAGAGAAGCUGAUUCCGACAAAUCAUGGUGUUGGUACAAAGAGGUUGCCGCUUGAGACACACUAUUUUGAAGUUUACAACCAGCCCAAUGUCGACCUCGUCGACCUUCGCGACACUCCUAUCGAGUGUAUCACCGAAAAGGGCAUCAAAACUACCGAAAAAGAGCACGAGUUUGACAUCAUUAUCUAUGCCACUGGCUUUGACGCCAUCACUGGCGCCUUUGACGCGGUCAAUUUCAUCGGGGUGAAUGAUGUGAAACUGCGAGACAUGUGGAAGGCCGGCCCACAAACAUAUCUUGGCAUGACUGUUGAGAACUUUCCAAACAUGUUCAUGAUCAUGGGUCCACAUCAAGCAAUGGGCAACAUCCCGCGAAGCAUCGAGUACGCCGUCGGGUGGGUGUCACAACUCAUAGCGUAUUGCCACAAACGCGGUAUCACCUGGGUUGAACCCACACCAGAGCUUACGGAUGAGUGGUCCACGCACGUCAAUAAUUGCGCAGUGGGCCUUCUCUCCAACGAUGUAGACUCGUGGUUGACGGGCGUGAACAAGAACGUGGCAGGCCGGCAGAAGCGCAUUAUCCUGCGCUAUCAAGGUGGAAUUCUUGUAUUCAGGAAGUACUGUGAUGGUGUGCAGGCAAGUCAAUAUGCUAAAAUGAAGCUGUUGUAG